GUGUCAAAUUCAUGACUAGCAUGCGCUACAAUUUCCUUAUCAGUACUACCGGUCUGCACGGUGCAUAUUUAGAAAUACCAGGCGACUGUACACAUUGCCGGGAUGUCUAUUCUCUCUCUGUGUGUGAUCAUCCUCUCCGUCCUCUCAGUUCUUCAAGCAGAGAGCUGUACCAAUGGGACUGACUGUCAUGAGGUUCAGUGUUUUGACGACUUCUAUGUAGCCUGCGAACUCGGCACGUGCACAUGUGGGGGACACGGAACCGUUGGGUGUAGCAGCAAUGAAGACUGUACCAAUGACCCUCUCCUGCAUUGCCCCUCACACCACAAGCAUUGUCGGGAUACCAAGUGCUAUUGUGUACAUGGAAAUCACGGUCACGGAAAAUAACCGGUUCUUAGUCUCUGAUGCUACUUAGAAACCAAUUUUAUGUGGUUUGUUGCCUAAUAAAAUGAUGUAAUCAGG